AUGGCGGCUGAAGGCCACAACGUGGAAGCAACAAACGUUGUCAUUGGCAAAGACAACGGCCAUUACUUCCUUAAAAAGACGUUUGGCAAGCCAACCUACUGUAAUCAUUGCAGUGAUAAGAUGUGGGGAAUGCUCACGCAAGGAUUUGUUUGCGAAAUCUGUAAUUUUGUCACCCAUGAGAAGUGUCUGAGAAGCCUUGUUUCCAACUGUUGUGGCCUCGCUCGGCAGCUCGUUAAGAAUCCCGUCGCUCAUACAUGGUCUUUACCUGGUAUGAUAAAGAAGAAAUUCUGUAAUGGGUGCGGACGACGAAGUGAUGAAAUGCUGGCAGUCGAGUGCGAGGUCUGCGAGUAUUAUCUUCAUGUUGAUUGUAUGGAUCUUGCUGUUUCGAAUUGUAAAGAAGCAGCCACAUAUGUCCCAAGCCUUGACCCGAACGGCCAUACACAUGAACAUCAUCUGCGAGAGGGAAACUUACCUCGCGAUUCCAAAUGUUGUGUUUGUCGGAAAAGUUGUUACUCUUCCGAAUGCUUUACAGGCGUUCGUUGUCUUUGGUGUGGACUGACGGCUCACUAUAGUUGUUCAAGACAGAUACCGGAGAAUUGUGAAUUUGGAGCUUUAAAGAAGAUUCUCUUACCUCCGUCAUGUCUUACAAUUCCACGCACGGAAUUACCCAUGGAAGCAUUACUGAACAUCACAGCUGAUCAGCCACAGUCUCGUAAGGUUUCAUCGCCACAGAAAAUUCAACCAGAUGAAGCAAGCUCUAGUGGAGAUGAUAUUAAGGAGAGAGAGGAUUGUGAAGUUCUUCGUGUUUUCGACGGUAACAGCUCUCUACGAUCCCAAGUCUUUAGAACUAUAUCCGUACCCAAAACUGCAACAGUGCAGCAGAUAAGAGACACCGCUUUACGAAAAUUCCAAAUUUUUGAUAAUCCUGAGAAUUAUAAUGUGACUCAAGUUCCAGGCGAUGUAGGUGAAGAAGAAGCUCUCGAAGAUCCAGUACCUCUUCGAAAUGUUAAGCGACCAGAAGGGCGACGGGCACAAAUUUUUCUUCGACAUAAGGAUAAAGACUCCGAGAAAGAUAUCAUACGUAUCUACGGAGGAUGGCUAAGAGUAUGUGUUGCUCCACACAGUGUGAAUCUUGCUCGUGAGACCAUUGUGCAAGAUUGUAUUGCCGAAGGUUUACGAGCAUUUGGAUUGGAUUCAUCAACGUGGAAUAAAUACAACUUAAUCGAAGUUUCCUUGGACACCGGUGUGGCUGAAAGGACAUGCAACCCCCAGGAAAAUAUGCUUCAACUUGUUAGAAAUUUGAGAAAGGAUUCAUUACGGAGAUAUCAUCUAUUACGUUUUUAUCUUCAAGAAAAGGAAGAUCCUCAUGAUCAUGCUGUGUUCGUCGGAAAUUUACCAGUUUCCAUUGCUCAACGAAGUUACGAACGAAUUUUAUUGAAACUUCUUGGUGCUACGAAAGAAAAACCAUUUUCGUCAAUUGGUCCUAUAUAUUUCGAAUAUGGUUCCCUAAUUAUAACAUUUAGUACGGCCAAGGCUGCCACUAUCGCGGUACAGAAACUGCAAGCUGCGACGUAUGAAGACAAAAAGCUUAUUGUGUUAUGUCUUCCAAAUAUUCAGCCUCAUAUGGUUGCUCCUGAUUCGGAGCCAUUGCUCGUAUUGGUCAAUGUUAAAAGUGGUGGUUGCCAAGGAACUGAACUAAUUCAGUCCUUCCGAAGAUUGCUCAAUCCUUUUCAAGUUUUUGAUGUACUGAAGGGUGGCCCGCUCGUGGGGCUUUAUGUUUUUCGGAAUAUUCCCAAGUAUAGAAUUUUGGUGUGCGGAGGAGAUGGAACUAUUGGUUGGGUUCUGCAAUGUCUUGAUAUAGCCAAACAGGAUGCCGCUUGUUUUUCACCUCCAUGUGGCAUUGUCCCAUUAGGUACCGGAAAUGAUUUGGCUCGUGUACUGAGAUGGGGAGGCGGGUACACUGGUGAAGAGAAUCCUUUAGAUAUUCUGAAGGAUGUUAUUGAAGCAGACGAGGUCCGACUUGAUCGUUGGGCUGUUGUUUUCCACGAAGAAGAACGCAGUCAACCUCCAAAUCAGAGCUCUUGUGGAAAUCCUAACGAAAGUGAUCAAACAAUGAAUAAUCCUGAAGAUCAAACGAGUAUGAUUAUUAUGAAUAAUUAUUUUGGUAUCGGCAUUGAUGCCGAUGUUUGCUUGAAAUUCCACAACAAGAGGGAUGCCAAUCCUGAGAAAUUCCAGUCUAGACUUUUCAAUAAAACUCAAUACGCGAAAAUCGGGCUACAAAAAAUGUUCUUCGAGAGAACGUGUAAAGAUCUAUGGAAGCGUAUUGAACUUGAGGUAGACGGCAAACAAAUCGAGUUGCCAAAUAUAGAGGGAAUUAUUAUUUUAAAUCUUCUCAGCUGGGGUAGUGGAGCAAACCCAUGGGGAACUUCCCGAGAAGAUGGAAAUUUUUCCAAACCGACUCAUUAUGACGGACUUUUAGAAGUUGUUGGUGUACCUGAUGUAUCAAGGCUAGGAUUGAUACAAUCAAAAUUAGCGGCUGGUAUUCGUAUUGCGCAGGGCGGAAGCAUACGCAUUACCACGCACGAGGAAUGGCCUGUCCAAGUUGACGGGGAACCCCAUAUUCAACCUCCCGGCACUAUAACAAUUCUAAAGUCUGCUCUUAAGGCGCAGAUGUUAAAGAAGGCUAAGAAAACGCGGCGUGGUACUACAACGACACCAGUUCCUCGGGCUAUCGAACCAACUGGACAGAUGGGAGUACCAUCAACUUUGGUGGAAACAUCUCAAGGCAAAACAACGCCUGAAACUAUGGGUGCAGAUUCUGACGAAGAAGGAGAUGCCUUUCUGUGA